CGCUUCCCUUCUUCUACAAAAGGAUUUAAACCCUUCUCACGCCUUAUCCACUUUCUUUAUAAAUACCUUGUUCGCCAUUUGUUUUGCUUAUUCGAUCUGUGGUUUGCUUUUGCGUCUGAUACUCUGCUUCAUUUGUUCGUCUAAUCAUAUCCCAGUUGAUCAGUGUUUCUGUUGUCCCUCUCUGGGUCUGGUUUUAAAAUGUGUGGCGGUGCGAUAAUCGCUGAUUUCAUGCCGCGCAACAGCGGCGCGCGCCUUAUAUCUGCAUCCGACCUCUGGCCUAAUGCUGCCUUCGCUGCGAAGGCCGAUUCGUUUGAUCAGUCGAAUUUCGGCGGAGAAGCUCCAGCCACCGAAAGGACUCAACCCUCCUCAGGUGAUGAGCAUGUGCAGAAGCCGGCUAGUAGGCCGCGGAAGAACUUGUACAGGGGGAUCAGGCAAUGCCCCUGUGGCAAAUGGGUUGCUGAGAUUCGAGAUCCCAGGAAAGGGGGCAGGGUUUGGCUGGGUACCUUCAACACUGCUGAAGAAGCUGCCAGAGCCUACGACAGGGAGGCUCGCAAAAUAGGCGGAAAGGAAGCCAAACUUGACUUCCCCAACGAAGGCGGCGACGGAUAUCUUGACAAUGCAAGCAUGCUUGGACUUGUUUCACGUCUCUAGUCUCUAGAAGAGAGACGUCCCAACUUAAUCUCUCAAGGUCAAGUGGAGCAGUGAACUAUGUUUUUUUGGAGUGUUUCCCGUUUUAUAAUUAAAAGGAAAUAAAAUAUAAAAUAAUACUUUGAUUGGAAAA